UUCUUUCCCGCGCAAAAUUCUGCAACUCUGCAAUUUGUUUUGUAAUGACAGCUGAUUGUUUUUCAUAAUUUUAGUCAGGGGUUUUCUGUUGGUUUGUCAAUUAAAACUUUUGUUUAAAUGAUGAAUGUGACUGUUACAACAUUUAUUAAUCCGUGGUCCUUUUUCUGCAUAAAAGAAGAAGAUAAGAAGACUAAUGAAUUAUUCGAAAAUCCAGUUGAAACUCAACAUGUGAAUGGCAGUCUUACAGGUCUUUCAGAUGUUAAAAAUGAGGAGUAUAUUGCAGUGAUGUGGAAGGAUAAAUGGGUUCGUGGAGUAGUUAAAGUGGAUACUCAGUUUCUAAUCUGGCUUAUUGAUUAUGGCAUUUAUAUAUGGCCCAAUGAGAAGACAGUGCAUGUGAAACUACCCCCUGAACACAUGAAUUAUCCAACCAAAGUAUUUGAAGCCAGCAUCCAUGGAGUUACUCCUAUGGAUAAAGACCUGACUUACGACUGUGAAAUAAAAAAUUGUGUUACCAAUGAGUGGACUGCUGGGUCAAUAGAAAAAGCACGGUCAUUGAUAACAAGUGCUGAUAAUGUGUACUUCUUGCCUAUUGCUCUCUUGACAACUAAAGACAAUGAUGUUGUACUGGGGGAUUUAUAUCUGGACUUAAAAGGCAAAGGCAUAGUGAACAUCAUUGAUGAGUUGGAAUUGUGGCCAGUUUUCUUACAAAAAAAUAAGGCUGUGUACAUUGAAAACCUUUCCAUCAAUUACACAAGUCAUCGCAAGCAUUUGGGUUGUAAAUUGAAGCCAGCUUUUGCUGACUCAGAUUUGCCCACAAUGAGUAUGAAUACCACCUAUGAGGAAUACAGCGACAUCUGUGCCGGCGCGCCGCAGUUAGAGACGGUUGAGGAGUGCGACUCUAGUUCAGGAGAGGGCAGCACUGUCCUGGAAUAUGGAAUUGCCAGAGAACCCAUGUACACAUUGUCGCCCUCUGAUAUGGAAAAAUAUUCCCAUAUGUAUAUUACUGUUUGUGGCCGGGAGUACAAUGUUCUGAAUGUGCUCACCAACAAAAUGAGAGAUCUUAACAUGUGUGAGCAAUACAAAGACCACGACUUGAAACGUGUAGGGCGGGCCUCUUCAAGACAUUCUCUCAAACUUAUUAAUCAAAACUUCGUACUUGAUGAUAUUCUAUAAUUUUUUUUUAUAAUAAUUAAGGAGUAAUGUUGAUCAUGCAUCUAACUUUUUUCUGAAUUUAAUUAUUCUAGAUUUAUCACGUAGUCUAGGUCUAGUUAAAAACAAGUUUUGUAAUCAAUAUUACAAUGUUUGUACUUAUUACUUAAUAAGCCUAACUAAUUGUAUUAAUUAAUAUCACUUACCUUAACUAGCCACAUGACUGAUAUUUGUUCUAACUAGGCAAGUUCCUAUUUUUGUUUUUGACUUCAUAGAAUAAUAUUUUUGUGUUGUUUUUGUUAUAAGGAAGCCAUUAUUUUUA